AUGUCCGGUCAGCAGAUGGGUCAAACACCCGAGGAUGCCGGCGGCUGCAAGGAGCAGAUAGAGAAGCUGCAUGAAAUGGUGGAGACGCCACUUCUCUCUCCGGAACGUUUUGUGAAGCUGGGUAUCGACCCUCUAAAAGGCGUCUUGCUUUUCGGACCGCCUAUAGGCCACAUGCAGAGGCCGUCGGCCGCCCACCCCAUUUUCUGCCGGCAUUCACGUCCUGGGGUCGGACUCAGAAGAGGCACUGGUGUCCAACAAUACCCCUACCUCCCAAGAUCAAUGCCUCUGUCACUGUGA